AUGGAUAACAAACUAAAAUACAAGACCAGCGAAAAAGGAAUAAAAUAUGUGCCAAAAUACGACCUACAUGGAUGUACUAAAAAAAAAGCAUGUAAAGAAGUAAAGAAUGUAAUCUUACGAUGUUCUGAACUCGAAAUAAGUUCAAUAAAUUUCAUUACUGGUAGAGGCAAUCAUAAAAAUUUAAAUGGAGAUCGAGCAGUACUCUUCAAAAAUUUUCCAGUAUGGCUAAACGACCCAAAGGUAUCAAGCUUGAUUAAAGAUUCCGUACCUGGAGAUGGUUCUUACAAAGUUUAUCUUAACAUUGAGGAAAAUAAAACUAUUAAGAAUGUGGUGAAGAAUAAUGCUAAAGAAAAUAAGAAGAAAGUUAUUGAAAAUAAGGAAAGGAAGAAUGCUAAGAAUAUUAAUAAUGCGAUGAAGAGGAAGACUAUGAGAUAUUCUGAAAAGAUUGAUGUUAAGUCUGAACAAAAAAAGAAAACAUUUACGAAUUAUUCGUCCAAAAUUUCAAACAUGGACCCGAAAACUGGACUACCGAGAUCGCGUCGUUCAACUGCUUCAGGUGACGACGCGCCUCGUGAAGGCCUUACCACCGAGACCCACGAUUGGACCUUGAUAAAAGCUAUUGAACUUGUAGCUAACCAAAAAGUUAUUAUAAUUGACGGUGAAACUGCAAUAGAAGAAGCCUGUGAUAUUCUUAUUAAAAAUAAUAUAUCUUCUGCUCCAGUUUAUGACAAUAAAACCAAAACUUAUGUUGGAAUGUUUGAUUGGGCAGAUGUCAUGACCUAUCUUUUAAUUGUUUUGAAAAAGAAGGAUAUUUUAGAACAGCAACAAAAAUCUGAUGAAGAAUUGACAUCCGAAUUCAAUGAUUUAUUGAAAUUGGCAAUACAAUGUCAACCGGUUCCUGUUAAAUUGGCUUCAGAUUUAUCCAACAAAAAUCCUUUUUAUUCGGUAUAUCCCGAAACUUCAUUGCUACAAGUCGUUGAAUUAUUUGGUAGUGGAACUCAUAGAGUUGUCGUUGUCGAUGCGGAUGGCAACAUGAAGGGCAUUUUAUCUCAGUCAAGAAUUGAAGAUCUUGAUAUUGGCAGAAGCACUGUGAUAUCUGCCCAAGCAGAUUCUUUCGUACUUGAAGCAUUAACAAUGAUGAAUAAAAAUUCAUUAAGUUCAAUUGCUAUUGUUAACGAUGAUGGAGUUCUAUUGGGAAAUAUUAGUAUGACAGAUGUUAAAUACAUCCUUAGAAGCUAUAGUCAUUCUCUGAUGUGGAGAACAUGUAAACAAUUUGUUAAUAAUGUGAGAAUCAGACAAGGAUUAGAAGAUGGAAAAGACAGAUUUCCAGUCUUUGAUGUUCGGUUAACAUCCACAUUGGGAUACACGAUUGCUAAACUUGUGGCUACUAAAGCGCAUAGAGUUUGGGUUGUAGACGAUAGAAUGCAAGCUAUAGGACUUGUAAGCUUGACGGAUGUUUUAGGUAUAAUUGCACGCUCUGCUGGGGCAAAUCCAAGGCCAAAAAGACCUGGCAGUAUUUCAUCAAGUUCAACUCUGUCGAAUUCAUGA